AAAGCUUGGAAUGAGUAACCUGCUUAGCCCGCAUGUCCCGGACUCUCAGCUUCAGCUAGCCUUCAGGUAUAUCUACGAGGCAGCUAGCACUGCAAGAUCACGAGCGACCUGAAUAGCAUCAACGUGCGUGCAGGAGCACAAGCGAUCGAUCUCGAUCCAACAACUAUCUAAGCCGGCCGGCCGGCCAUGGCGAGCAGGCAAGCACCAGCGGCGCCCCAGCAGCCGCGCAAUGGCGACGGCGAGUUCGACCCCGUGUACGAGUGGCUGGACGACGGCGGCAGCUACCUACUCCGCCUCGACCUCCCAGGCUUCAAGAAGGAGGACCUCCGGGUGCACGUGGACGCUGCCGGCUGCCUGACCGUCCUCGGCCAGCGCGCGCCCGGCGCCGGCACGGGGAACGCGUUGCUGCUCCACAAGGUGUUCCAGCUGCCCGCCACGGCAAACCUCGACACCAUCACCGGCCGCUUCGACGGCGCCGUGCUCACGCUCACCGUGCCCAAGCUGCCGCAACCCGGUGCCGUCGCGCCGCCACCUCCUCCGCCGCCGCAGGCCAAGGAGGAGGCGGAAGUCACCAACGAUAAGCCAGUUGAUCAGGGGGACAAGGCAGCCAAGAUUGCCCAUGAGGCGGAGUCGGAACGGAAGAUCGAGGCGGAGAGGGCGAGCUUGACGGCGAGAGGCAAAAAGGAAGACGAGGCCAAGGCCGAGGCGCCGCCGCCGCCGCCACCGAGCGAGAACAAGGCGCAAGGAGCUCAUCGAGACCAGGACGAGAAGGCCGGGGCCGAUCACAGGGCGAAGGUGGCCCGCGAGGCGGAGGCCAGGGCCGAUCACAGGGCUAAGGUGGCCCGCGAGGCGGCUAGCAGGAUCGAGGAGGCGCGGGCUAGGGUGGCGGAGGCGAGGGCGGUGGCGGAGAGGGAGAGUAAGGGUGGGCAUUGGAAGGAGCAUGCGGCGGCGGAGGGGCUCAAGUGGGCGGAGGCCGUCGGCAAGAAGAAGGAGGUGAUCGCCACGGCCGUCGCGGCUUUCACGCUGGGCGUAUUGGCCUCCCACAGGCUCUUCGCAAAGAGUUAAUUAAUUAACCAAUGCAUGGAUCAGACGAGAAUGAGAGCACGUCCGCUAAUUAGUUGCAGGCCUGUACAUGAUCCACCACUACUACAUGCAUGUAUAUAUAGAGAGAUGAAAUGUGUGGCUGCUUCAAGUGAGCAUUAUUGUACAUACGUA